AUGAUGAUGGUGACUGUGCGGCGCCGCGUGGCGUGCGACCUGCUGGUCCUUGCGCUCUUGUGCUGCUGCUGCUUGUCCGUCUGCAGGGCUACUGCUUCGGAGGUGAAUUCUACCAUUGCGCCGGCAAAACCAUUGGCUGAUGUGGUAGUGUUUUGUCCGGGGACUGACGGUAAGUUGCGUUGGCGAUUUCAAGGCGAGAAGGACUGGCGAAAGUGUGCGAGGAGGCCCGAAGAAGCCCCGGAAGUCAAUGGUUACUGCGCACGGCUAUGCAAUUUCGCUGGAGACAUAUACAAGGAACCCGAAAUUACCAGACUGUGCAAUUCUGCCAGUAAUAAGAAUUUUGUUGCCUUCCAUAUGUCAUUUGAGAAGCACGAGGAUCUAAAAACCUGCAGUUUGGUGGAGGCACCCGAAGACUCCAGUCAGUCGUCCUCCGCCUCAUCCGGCGACACCACCACUGUGUGGGUGCGCACGCCUCUGCUGCCGCUGCUGCUCGUCACCGCCCUUGUCUGUGCUGCUGUGCGGUGA